CCGGCUCGUUUGGUCCCCAGAGAAGCCCAGACCACUCGACACCUCAGACUUCCUUUUCCUCUUCUUCUUCUCUCCAUUGGCCAUUACCUUUCGUUCAUUUUCGCCAUUCGAUUCAAUUCGAUCUAGAGAGCACCUCCGGGGCUCGAUUGAUCUUUCCUUCUGCGGGUCCACGGCAUCGUCCGCCCGAAAUCCACUCGUUUACUCCCUCUUCAUUUCGCGUUUUUCACUUUCAACCACGCAGCUCGAAGCGCCGUUCGGAGGACCUGGGGUCUAUCUUGUUUCAUCGCCAAUAAAUAUAACCAAAAAAAUCACCUUGCAGCCUGAUAUCGGAAGAGACAUGCGACAGUAAAUCCCGAGAGAUCUUUGACACAUUCCGCGGCAACUUUUUCGGGGGGACUUUCGAGGCUUGAGGAUUUCUGCCCGACAUGACGGGCUGUGUUUCCCUCUCAGGGUCGACUGUCUGUCCCGCUUGGAGUAGCUCUUCGGUUUCGACCAAUUCAACUCAAUAUGCGGACUUUCCAUGGAUGGAAAACGUUUCGAACGUCACAUCUUUCGAUACUUCUCUAGCAAACUAUGUCUCGUCGACCUAUGUGACGUCCAAGUUUGUCGACUCUCUAGGGUGCAAGGGUCUGAAUGAGAGCGCAUUGAACGACUACUACGCCCAAUAUACGACCAGUGUUCUCUGUAGUAGCAUUAUCCAGAGCUCAAUUGAUGACUGCGGCUUGACUUCCAGUCAAUCGGAUCCGGUAUGCGCGGACACGUGCGCGCUUAUGGCGACCAGCGAGGAGGAAAUCGUCGUCAACACAGAUCUAUGCUCAAGUGCCGGAAAGAACUACAUGUCGCAAAUUCGAUCCGACUUCACCAUCUGCUCGUCGCCUGCAGACUCGCUGACUGGAAGCUGUGUUGAGGGAGCCACUAAUGAGCCUACCAACUGUGGAUUCGCCAACAACACCAUCGGACUUUGCACUUACUGCGACUCAGAAAGCGAUUCAUGUUGCACCAGUGCGAACGCCACCACAGUCUGUAAAGACGUUACUAUUCCAACCUCGACCGCAUCUCUACAGCCCGUUGUGACAACCAGCUCGGCAGCUGGCGCCGGCGCUGGCGCUGGCAAUGGACUAUCCGGGGGCGACAUUGCAGGCAUUGUGGUUGGCUCGGUUGCAGGAGUGGCCAUCUUGAUCGCGCUGAUCGCUUUACUUUUCCUCUGCCGCAGACGCCGCCGCCGUGGGUCGCAGGGUGAUGCUGUUAGUCUGAACCAGCCCAACCCACAAAGAAAAGGUGUUGCGCCGCCCAUGCAGCAUACGGAUAGCCCGACAUCGGCAACGUUUAAUAUGGUUCCAGGAGGCCGUGUUGCGCGCAUGUCUGCCCUGCGUGAAAUGCCUAGCUCUUCCCCCGCUCAUUCCCGUACAUCUGGUGCGAUGUUCGCAGCCAAAUACAGCGAUACAUCGGACUCGGAAGGUAUGGGUGCUAGCCCGGGAGCCAUGUCCAAGAGAAUUCCUCCGGUGACCGGAAAGCGCCAUGGCUCGCUUUCAAGUAGCUCUGCUCUGGCUGGACUGGACAGUGAUAGCUCACCGCGCUCUGGAACCAUUGGUCAUUACUCUUCCCCUGAAGGGGUGACAAGUGGCCAGUCCGAGCAGCUAUCCUAUUUCCGUGACUACUACUCCCAGGAUGAUAUCCAUGCUGGUGACCAGGUGGCUGUUCUCUGGGCUUAUUCACCACGGGCGGGUGACGAGUUUGAACUGGACCGGGGUGAGAUGCUGAAGGUAAUCGGCAUCUGGGACGAUGGCUGGGCCACGGGUGUUCGUAUUAACGAGCGCGCCGAAGAUUUUGACAUGCGUCAUCGUGAACAGCGUGACAGUGGUGUUUCCAAUGGCUCGCAUCGGCGAGGCCCGUCACCCACACCUUCUGGCGAGAUCAAGGCUUUCCCCUUGGUCUGCAUCUGUCUCCCGCAGCACUGGCACAAGAUUAUUGAUGGCAGCUUGCAAGAGGAAGACGAUGAGUUUUGAGCGCUAGGGAAUUCUAACCCCUUGUUUCAGGCAAACUUAACGUUUUGACGACAGCGUAUGCAUCAUUCUCUUGCGUCGUGCCAGCAUUGUGCGAAGUUGUUGAUGCUUUUGACUCAGGCUGGCCGAGUCCCUCCCCACCACCCCCUUUUACCUCAUGACCAUACUGGUUGUGUUCGAUGCUCC